AUGAGGUUGAUAUUCGCUACACUCCUCCUGUCACUCGCCCUGGCCUUCGUACAACCAGAGGACAUACUCUCAACCUGGCCAACAGUUGCCUCCAGCAACAACAACACCGAAUGCAGCAACCCCCGCCCCAACGACUGCUCCUUCUACGCCCAAUGUCUCCAAACCCGCUACAACUGCGCACCGAGUGACUACCCACUCGCAUACGGGCAGAAAUACUGUCAAAAAUUCGUGGCCGAUGCUUCUCUGCUAUCGCCCAAGGGUCAGACAUGGAUGCAGACAGUCAUGCUCUGUCUGCAGAGGGACUUGGUACCGUACGCCCUCGGAGGACCGCAGGCGUUUGCCAAUUGUUCGGCUCUGAGCGAUUAUGCGUUUAAUACGCAUCCGGGAUGUUAUGUACAGAGCGGGUUGUGCACGUUGCCCGUACACGAUUGGGAGAUUAUUGUGUUUCGGAUUGUUGGUGUGGAAACUUUGUUUGAUAGCUGGGAUGCUGUCAAAGCCACCGUGGAAGCUGCAGGGGGUUGUGCUGAGUUUUAUUUGUGGGCCCUUGAAAAAGGAGUUUUCUGA